AAACAGUUUUCUGCUGGAGCUCUCUAUAAAUGGCUUAAAGCGUCAGUGUUUGGCCGAAUGUUGUUUACCAAUCAAUAAUAAUUAUUUAAUUAAUCUCUUGCCUACCUUCUUAAAAUAAAGUUUAACUUGGUAACAAUAAAUCAUUUAUUUGAUUAUGUCUUUGUUCCGUUGUGCUAAAAAUUUGGAAUUCAAAUAACGUAUGCAAUUUUGUCUUCAAUUGUUAAGAUUGUGUAUAUGAGAUGUGAUAAUGGGGAAGAAAAUUAUUGUAAAAACGAUCAAGUGUUAUAAAUUUAAUACUAAUAAACGAUACAUGGGCGUACAACUAUUAAAAAAAUAGAGUAGUAUAAAUCAAUUAAGAAAGUUUUAUCACAGAUGUAAUGUUGGCCUAAGGAUAAAUUCUGUAUAAUUUCAGAUAAGGAACAAUUGUUAAGAGCAUAGGAAAUAGGAAAAACCAUGUUUAGACGAACACAACGGUAGUCAUGACACGAGACGGAGAAAUAACCGCUAUAUUUAACCCAAAACGGGUAAGAGCUCCAUCUGUAGUAAUUACGGGCGAUUCACCAAAUGGGCCUUAUGGUGGUUUCACGAACAUUUUAACCACCAGUAAUUCUCAAAUUGCUCAUCAAGAGUCGGUGUCGUCAAGCCAACAAGAUGCUAGUGAAUCAAUAACAAUACAGCAUCAUCAAAUUACCCAUGAUAUUCGAGAGCAUUGCAGUGGGUACGGCAGUAGUGGAGGGAUUGAAGCUGAAACCCCUAUCACAGAUUUACCGGAAACAACAGUCGUACAUUUUAAGAGAUUGAGAGCCUGUAAAGAACGAUGCUGCUCCGAACUCGCACAAAAGAUGUACUUUGGAGUUUGUGUUACAAUAUUGGUAACUGCUUCAUGGGUCGGGGCUACGCAUUGCAUAAAGUUCUUAUACCUAAGUCGCAGUGCAUACAUUAAUGCCGAUGAAAUGGAUAUGGAUGUUUUAAAUGGAGAUGGAGACCCAGACUCAGUUAUGGGAUUUGGCUCCGGUGUCACUGAAGUUGAAGAUGCCACGAAGAUGUUCCAAGUUCCGAAAACCACAUUUGCAUCAACUAUAUUCAAUGCACCAUUUUUUGCUUCGUGGUUUUUUACGAAUUUCGCUUUUUUAUUUUUCCCCAUUUAUGUGCUUGGAAGAGUUGCAGUUAGAAAGUGUGAUAAGCCUGGAGAGAUUCUUGGUGAUGUUCUCAGAGGCUUUCGAGAUCGGGGUUUUACAAUCGGCCGUUUUCUCAACCGUUGUCUUUCUUUCUGCAUUCUUUGGAUAGUGACAACGUACCUUUAUACAUUAUCAUUACGAGUUCUAUUUGCAACGGAUGCUAUGUCUCUUUUUGCUACUAAUGUAACUUGCGUGUAUCUACUAUCUUGGGUUAUUCUCCAUGAGCAAUUCGUUGGAGUAAGGAUUGUUGCUGUAAUACUGUGCGAUACUGGAAUCGCGUUACUUGCUUACAUGGAUGGCAUAACAGAAAGUCCAACUUUGAGUGGAGUUGUAUUGGCUGCAUUGGCAGCUGCUGGAUAUGCUGUAUUUAGGGUGAUGUUUAGGAAAGUUAUGGGAGAUCCACCCGUGGGGCAGAUAGCAUUUACGUUCACAACCCUUGGAUUUUUGAAUGCAGCGUUGUUUUGGCCUGUUUGUGUUGCACUUUAUUUGACGGGAACCGAGAGUAUGCCCUCGGAACAAAUAUCUUGGGUGAUACUGCUUAUUGCUAGUAUACUGUUAUUAGUGUUUCAUAUGCUAACGCAAUUUAGCGCUGCGGUCACCUAUAAUUUGUUUGUCACACUUGGUCUCAUUACAGCAGUCCCAGUAUCUGGAGCUCUUGAUGUUGUACUAUAUGGCGCUACAUUUGCUGGUAUGAAACUAGCGGGUGUUAUCCUUAUUGCAGUUGGUUUCUUUUUAGUCAUGUUUCCUGAAAAUUGGCCAGAUUAUAUAACAAGACUUUUAAGAAAUAUCAUCCUGUUGGGUCACAACGCGAGUGAAACCGAAGGAGUACCCUCUACGGCAAUUCGAGAAAUAUCACUUCUUAAAGAUCUUAACCAUCCAUCCAUUGUUCAAUUGUAUGAUGUAGUGAUAUCAAACGACAGUAUUUACAUGGUUUUCGAAUAUCUCAAUAUGGAUUUGAAGAAACUAUUAGACAAAAAAAAAGAAAUUUUUGUUCCAGCUCUAGUUAAAAGCUAUAUGCAUCAAAUGCUUGACGCAAUUGCAUUCUGCCAUACCAAUCGAAUAUUGCACCGAGACUUAAAACCCCAAAAUCUUCUUGUAGACACUGUGGGAAACAUUAAGUUAGCUGAUUUUGGCCUCGCAAGAACUUUUAAUGUCCCAAUGAGAGCUUACACUCACGAAGUUGUUACCCUUUGGUAUAGAGCACCGGAAAUCCUUCUUGGUACUAAAAUGUAUGCAACUGGUGUUGAUAUUUGGAGUUUAGGUUGCAUUUUUGCUGAAAUGAUUAUGAAACGUUCAUUAUUUCCUGGGGACAGUGAAAUAGACCAGUUGUAUAGAAUAUUUAGAAUAUUUGGCACUCCGGACGAAAAAAUAUGGAAAGGAGUACCACAGUUACCAGAUUAUAAGUCAACAUUUCCAAAGUGGGACAAAAACAUUCCAGAAAUCAUUUAUAAGCACGAAGCAUAUGGUCUUUUUAAAGCAAUGAUGGCAUAUGAUCCAAACCUAAGAAUAUCAGCAAAACAAGCGAUGGAGCAUAAAUAUUUCAAAAAUUUAGAAAGAGUUUCUCAUGUUGCUCUGCCAAUUAUUAAUUCACAUUAGUCCUAACAUUAUAUCUAUGUAUAUCCUUUUUAUUUUAUCCAUAAAAUGAUUUCAUUUGAAAAUGUAUUUUUCUCGACAAUAAUAUUUCACUAUAAUCUAAAUUAAAAAAAAAAACAUGAAAGUACAAAUGCAACAAUCACUGGCAAAUAAUCAAAUAACUUUUUAUAAAUAUUUUUUUUACGAAAAAGUUAUUUAAGGAUGUAAGUCAAAAUUACUUUUAAGUACGAGACGUGUAUGCAAUGUGUAUCAAGACUACUCAUGAUAGAUACAAUUUAAUAAACAUUUUUAAAAACUUAAACAA